GGUGGCGCCGACCGCGCCGGUGGUUCAGGAUGCGGCCGGGGGGCGCACUGUUCGCCCUGCUUACCAGCCUGCUGCUGCUGCUGCUGCUUCGCCUGCUCUGGUGCUGGACCGACGCGCCCUCCCGUUCCAGGUUCUUGGUGGAAGAAAGCAGGGAGGCCACCCACAGCAGCCCCGCUGCUCCCAGGACGCUCCGGAGCUCGGCGACCCUACCCCCGCGCACGGGGAACAGCACAUAUCUGAAUGAGAAGUCCCUCCACCUGAUGGAUCGAUGCCAAAAUCUGCACACGGGCUUGGAGACUUUAUCUAACAGAACAGGAAAGUAUUCAGAGGAUGACUAUCUUCAGAUUAUCACAAAUAUCCAGAGCUGUCCAUGGAAACGACAAGUAGAAGAAUAUGAGAAUUUUAGAGCAAAACUCGCUUCCUGUUGUGAUGCUGUUCAAAACUUCAUUGUUUCUCAAAACAACACUCCCAUCGGGACCAACAUGACCUAUGAGGUGGAAAGUAAAAGCAAAAUCCAAAUUAGAGAAAACAUUUUUGAUAUGUUGCCAGUGUUUCAGCCUUUUGUGGGAUACUCUUUUAAUCAGUGCGCAGUGGUUGGAAACGGGGGGAUUCUGAAUCAGUCUCUCUGUGGAGCUGAAAUCGAUAAAUCUGACUUCGUUUUUAGGUGUAAUCUCCCCCCAACCACAGGAAAUGUUACCAAUGAUGUUGGCACUAAAACCAACCUGGUGACUCUAAAUCCCAGUAUUAUAAAGCUAAGAUAUGGGAACUUAAAGGAAAAGAAAGCAAUAUUUCUGGAGGACGUUGCAGCCUAUGGAGAUGCUUUCGUCCUUCUGCCUGCGUUUUCCUUCAGGGCCAAUACUGCGGCCUCUUUUAAGGUGUACUACACACUGAAGGAAUCUAAAGCAAGACAAAAGGUUUUAUUUUUCCAUCCCAAGUACCUGAAAAACCUUGCACUCUUCUGGAGGACUAAAGGUGUGACCGAAUAUCGCCUGUCCUCCGGCUUGAUGAUCACAAGCGUGGCAGUCGAGCUGUGUGAGAACGUGAAGCUGUAUGGAUUCUGGCCCUUCUCUAGAACUGGAGAGAACAUGCCUGUCAGCCAUCACUACUACGACAAUGAGUUACCUAAACGCGGUUUCCAUGAGAUGCCCAAAGAGUAUAAACAAAUUCUCCAGCUUCACGUGAAAGGCAUCCUCAAGUUACAGUUUAGUAAAUGUGAAACAGCCUGAAUGCCUUUAAAUGGGCAUCAUGUUCACAUAAUGCAGUUGGUGAGUAACAAUAUUCCCAAACACCGAGAGAGAGGGUUGUAGGGUUUCAUAGGAAGAGUCCCAAAAUUUGGUUGGCUCCAUGCUCCACACUAUGUUUGCAACCUUAGCAACUCAUUACUGAUCUUCAGUUUCUCUUCCUAUAAAAUGGGGAUCAUGAAAUCUAACUCAUAUUAGGAAAAUGUGAUCAUCUAUGAAAUCUUUUGGCAAGUAUUUGGUGUGAGGUAGGGACUCUAAGAAUAUUUCUUUGUUGAUAUUUUUAACAACCAUUUUCACCCUCACCAGAGAUAUUAAAAGGUAGGCUGUCUUAAAGACUCUGUUUGGAGAGAAUAGCUGAGUUGCCAAGUACCACUGCAAUUCUUUCUCUGGCAGGAAUCUCUAUUAUCCAUAAAAUCUUUCCUGCCUUUCUUCCUAUCUUAAAAAGUGCAUAUAAGAAAAUUGUUUACUUAAACAAAAAGCCUUUUGUUAUUCAGGAAUGACUCCUUAUGCUUCUGAUUACAUUCACUUGUGUCUUGAACUGCACUGAUGUAGUGGCUGGAUUUAGGCCAAUUCUUUUCCUCUUUUACAUUUAAAAAUCACUCUUUAACAUACCUAUAUUUACUCCUUCAAGGGCAGUUACAAUUUUUCUUAUCUGUUGUCUUGUCUGUGGGGAAUAGCUGGUUCAUGCUGACCCUUUCCCACGCUCUGUGAGAGAGAGAUAAAAAUGACUUAAGGCCUGCAGGAAGGAAGAGUUGCGUUUUGUAAACACAUUGAUGUGCGUUUUGUAAACACAUUGAUGUGCGUUUUGUAAACACAUUGAUGUGCAUUUUGUAAACACAUUGAUGUGCGUUUUGUAAACACAUUGUGCUCAAUGUUCACUAAAGCUUUGAGGAGACAGUACUGUGAGGAAUGAAACAAGAAUGAUUCAAUAGAUUUCAGUGAAAUCUAUUUCAGAGAAGAGGUGCUUUCUGAAUUAAACCUAGUAAAGGAGGAAGGCUUCACCAUAUGAAGAAGAAUCUAGGUAGAGGAAAUUUGAUUGGAGAGAAAGCAGUCCCCUUGAUUCCGGUUGAAGUUAUUUGAGGGUAGAGCAUGGUCUUUGCCCGCCAGACUUCCACGUGAUGGUGGGAUAGAUAGCCCACGGGGGUGGUGGGUUGGACCCACAUCUGUGAAAUGGGAAUAAUACCAAGCUGAUUGAUUUCAUAGGAAAGUCGUAAAAACUAAAGCCCAGAGAAACUUAAUUCUCAGCAAGGAAAGGUGUACGUUUACAUGAGAACUAAGACUAAUCAUUUAAACACCAAUAUGAAAUAAAGCUUAAGGAGACAUUGAAUACUAGCAUUUUCACUACACUCCCUUAUGUUAUGAUGAUACAUGUUUAUGUAGUUUAUCCCUGCAGCUAUUGAAUAAGUUAUUUGACUUAAAUAAGUAAUUACGUGCACACUUUCCUACUCAUUUUUGUACCAGUGUGAGAAGAGCAGAAAUGGACAGCACGACAAAUUCAUUAUGAAUAUAAUUCUGAAUUCUUAACUUAGCCAGAUUACUGUUUUAUUCAACAUUCACUUGUAAGAACACUCUGCUGCCAACUGCUUAUUUUGCAAAACUAAUCUUUAAUUUUUAGUUUGAUUGUAGUUGACUUUUGUGAUACUUUUCUUAAUUCACGUUCUCAUUUGUUCUUCUAUAGCAAAUGAAACCUAUUACCUCCAUAAAUUGGUUUAAAAGUUCAUAUAUAAAUAUUUUCUAAAAGAACCAUGCUUUUAGUUGCAUAGAGUCUAAUUCAUGUAUCUUUUUGUAGCAAUGAAUAAAUGACUGUUUUCUACUGCUUCUAAUGGGUUUAAUUAGUUUUUAAAAAUCUGCUAGCAGGAUUGGUAAUGUCUCUAUCAUGUUAUUAGCAGUGAUUAUGAAAAAUAGAUCGGAACACUCUAGUAUUUUAUAGUUUAGUAAAAUGUUUUCCUCAAAAUGUUUUCUGCUGGGUAGAAACUUCAACUUUG